AUGCAUCAAUAUCAUCUCAAAUCAAUUUGUUUUUUUGUAUUAUAUUAUAUUUGUUAUGUAUCAACUGGUGCAAUAGAAAUAACAACUGAUAAUCUCGAUUCGAUACUUUCUUCACAUGAAAUUGUCUUGAUUAAUUUUUAUGCUAAUUGGUGUCAAUUUAGUAAAAUGGUUAAUCCAAUAUAUGAUAAAUUAGCUGAUAAAGUCUCCAAAGAAUAUUCUAGAGAAGGUCUUAUUGCUAUUGGAAAAGUUGAUUCUGAUCUUGAAUCAUCAAUUUCAACAAAAUAUUAUGUUAACAAAUAUCCAACAUUUAAAUUAUUUCGACAUUCGAUUUUGACUAAACGAGAAUAUCGAGGAGCAAGACAAAUCGAUGGUUUAUUGGAUUUUAUUCAUAAACAAAUUCAAUCACCAAUUAUUAAAUUAUCAACACCAACUGAUUUAUUAGAAUUAGAUAGAAAAAAAUCUUAUAUUAUUGGACAUUUUAAUGAUGAAAAUUCUUCAAAUUAUAAAAUCUAUUCAAAAGUAGCAAAUCUUCUUAGAGAUGAAUGUUAUUUUGCUGCAUCAACUAAUAUAGAAAAAUUUAAAAAUGAAAAUCAAAGAGAUGAUAUUGUUUAUUAUCGUUCAUAUAAAUCAUCAAAUCUAAAAGAUGAAUAUUAUAACGGAUUAUUAAACAAUAGUCAAUCAUUUUAUACAUGGACAAAUGAUAAAUGUAUUGAUUUAGUACGAGAAAUAACAUUUGAAAAUGCUGAAGAAUUAACAGAUCAAGGUUUACCAUUACUUAUUUUAUUUCAUCAUAUUGAUGAUCAUCAAUCAAUUUCAUUAUUUCAAGAUCAAAUUGCUAAACAACUUAUGCAUUAUACAUCCCGUAUUAAUUGUUUACAUGCUGAUGGUGAGAAAUUUCUUCAUCCAUUACGACAUCUUGGAAAAACAAUUGAUAAUUUACCAUUAUUAGUUAUUGAUACUUUUCAACAUAUGUUUAUUUUUCCAGAUUUUAAACAAAUCUCAAUAAAUGGAAAAUUAUUAGAAUUUGUUAAAGAUCUUGAUUCAGGAAAAGUUCAUAAAGAUUUUCAUAAUCCACAAUCAUCAACUAAACAAACAAUAAUUCAAGAAAAUGUUUAUUCGAAAAGUAAAGAUGAUCAAAUGGAUUUUGAAAAAAGUUCAUCAAUUGAAAAUGAUGAUUCAUCUCAACGAUCUCGAUAUGAAUAUAAUAAAUUGAAUAGUCGAUCAUCUCCACCAGAAUCAGUUUUUAUUCAUUUAACUCCAAGUCGACAACGUUAUUCAUUUCGUGAUGAAUUAUAA